AUUACAUUAUGCAUGAAGGAAAACAUGAUGGAAGUUUUUUUUUCUCAUUCAUUUGUUCUGAUUUUAUGUACGCUGACAGUUUCAGCUACUCAAGAAUACAAGAAUGUCAAAACAUUGGGGAAACGCUUUGUGCUGACAUUCCCGACCAUGACAAACUCCAAAAGCAAUUUAACAUUAUAUUUCGUAGCACCCUGCGCAGACGUGAAUGUCUCCUUGAAGACAAGAAACUACUUUGAGAGUACAGAUAUAGACGUGAACAUAUCUGUUGAGACGAGAAGUCCUGGUGGCGGAGCUUUUUUUCUGGUACCUUUUCUCACAUUCAACGACAAAGAUACGGGUAAAUUGUGGACCUUUGACUUGAUGGCCGACGAUUUAUUUGGUGUGGUCGUCUUCAUUAACUAUAGCAGUCAGUCCAUAGCGUCUUUUAUCGCUCUGCCACUAACUAGCUGGGGACGUGAGUACUACGUAUUUCUACUAGAUCGUAGUCCGUUUGUGGAUAUUAUAGCUGGACUUGUACCAGUAAAUGUGAUUGUAACAUUUCGUAUCAGCAAGGAAAGUACUGAGAACUUUACGUACGAAGGAAAGAGAUACACAGACAAAUCUGAGAUGGUGAUUUCAUUGAAGCGACUUGAAGCUUUUCAAAUAGCUCUUUGCAUAGUUGAGCAAUCUGAAAUCCUAAAUUUACUAGGCACGAAGGUGAGUGCGAUUUGGCCCAUAGGAGUCGUGUCCGGCAGCUGUAAGUCGAGACACCAGAGCCAGAGUCCGCACUGUAAUAGCUCAUCAAAUCCAGACGAGGAAUCGAGUGCUGAAAUGUUAUUGCCUGUAGAAACAUUAGGUGCGCAUUACAUCAUUCCAAAAAUUCCGAUCCGCUACUUGAGAGCUGAAGCAUUUGUCAAAUUCAAGAAGCCGACAACUUUGAUGACCGUACCGGACACUGGCACUAAAUCCUCCUAUAACUUUACGGAUUUUGGCAGAGUAAAUACGAUUGAUGACGCUGUUUCUAUACGAAGUACCGAAAACUCAACUUUUGAAGUCUACAUUACGACCUACUCAAAAUGCUCUAAUGAAUUGUACGGAGACGUAGCUAUGAGUCUAGUUCUCCCAGUAGAGUUUUUCUACUCUAAGUAUUUAUUUUACGUCCCUCCAAUAGAUGAAGAUAGUUCUAGGUUUCUAUUUAUAAUAAUAUCUUACUUAUAUAUACAAGAGUUUCGGUUAGAUGGUGAACAGCCUGGUGGCGCAGGUUGGGCUAAUUUAAGUAGGGAUCUCAAUUAUAGUCAAGGAACUUAUGCGAUUUCUUCCGGCGUCCAUGAAGCUAAGACUACUGGAGAAAAAACAUUUGGCUGUUACAUCUACGGACACGGGAGAAAUUAUGCCUUCAUGCAUCCAGCUGGAAUAGCCUACAUGUCAACGGAAUGCAUCUCAUCGUUGGGCACAAUGAAAGAAGAUGAUGGAAUAGAUAACGAUUGUGAUGGCUACAGCGAUGAAGAGGUUAACGACAAAACAGAUAAUGAUUUAGAUGGCCUCGUUGAUGAAGAUGUCGGAAAUGGAGAAAUACAAAACUGUGCUGGUGACAGUAUCUGUAACGCUGACCUCAAAAUUUGCCCUGAAGGAUGUUUGCCAGGAUUUUUUGGACCUUGCUGCUCAUUAUUAGAAAAUAACUGUGCUGACAACCUCACCUGUCAUAUCAAUAACAAGACCUGCCCCAACGGCUGUCUAAUUGGAUACACGGGAGAUUGUUGUUUGGAAGUUGAAAGCCAUUGCCUGAACAAUGAGACCUGCGAUCCAGUGAACAAGACUUGCCCUACAGGUUGUCAAGAAGGAUACCAAGGAGAAUGUUGCCUGCACGUUCUAAACAAUUGUGUUGACGAGAGCGAAUGCAACGAACACAACAGAACGUGUCCAUCUGGAUGUCUGGAAGGAUUCGUUGGAGACUGUUGCUUAAAUUUAGAGAAUAACUGUGCUUCUGACUUGCUGUGUGAUCCCGUGAAUAAAACGUGUCCAAGUGGUUGUAAGGACGGAUACUUUAGAGAUUGUUGUUUAAAAGUUAUAAAUAAUUGUGCAGACCAGAGGGAUUGUGAUGCACAAAACAGAACGUGUCCAACUGGAUGUUUGCAGGGAUUCGUUGGAGAUUGUUGCCUAGAUUUAGAGAAUAACUGUGCUUCUGAAUUGCUGUGUGAUCCCGUGAAUAAAACGUGUCCAAGUGGUUGUAAGGACGGAUACUUUGGAGAUUGUUGUUUAAAAGCUAUAAACAAUUGUGCACACGACGAUGAUUGUGAUGUACACAACAGAACGUGUCCAAAUGGAUGUUUACCAGGAUUCGUUGGAAACUGUUGCUUAAAUUUAGAGAAUAACUGUGCUUCUGACUUGCUGUGUGAUCCCAUGAAUAAAACGUGUCCAAGUGGUUGUAAGGACGGAUACUUUGGAGAUUGUUGUUUAAAAGCAUGUCCAGAAAAUUGUCUAAGUGAUUGCAAUAUCAUCACUGGUGAGUGCACUGCAUGCCGAAGGAAAUAUUUUGACUCGUAUUGUAAAAGAAGAUGUAGUCCAGGCUGUAAGAAUGACACGUGUGAUCAACUGGUCGGAACCUGUCAGUGUGAAGAAGGUUACUAUGGUCCAAUGUGUUUACAAAGUGGACUCCCAUAUAAAUAUGGAUGGACAUGCCAUUGUGCUAAUGGUAAUUGUUCCGAAGUUGAUGGAAAUUGUCAGAACACAAGUCGAUGUUUGAAAGGCUGGUUCUCUUUUUCUUGUCAAUAUAUUGAUAAAGCACCUGAAGCAGACUUGGGAGACAUGGACAAUGUCCAGCUUCUUACUGACAACGAUGACUCCACGUGCGUCAAUGUGACUAACAAUACAAUCCAAGCGACCUGGUCGGAAGUGUUUACAAGUAGCUGGUUUCUUUUAGUUUUUGACAAAAAAGCUGAUGUCCGAGAGUUUCAAAUUACUUAUUUGGGGGAUACAACGUUCGAUGUAUGUGAGGAGCCAAACGUCGUGUACCCAACUGAGCUCAAUACCACCGUCGAAUUAGAAUGUAGGGAACUGUAUCGCAUACACUCGCUAAUAGUAACAUGGAAAGGAGAUGGACUCUGCUGUUCUUUCCAAGUCAGUGGAUCAAGAAAUUUAGCUCAUAAUAACGUGUGGAAGAAAGUUUUGCGAAACAUCAACACAAACGUCAAAGGUGAAAAAGUUGAAGAAGCGACAGACGGCAACUACGAAACCUGUCUCUCUGUCACUUCUUCCAAAGUGUUGGAGUUGAAUUUUAGCAGCAGCGUCUACGUUCAUAUGAUUACAUUAUAUACAGAUUUUAAGCAACCUUACGCUUACAAGAGUUUUGUGGUAAAAAUAUGGGAAGCAGAAAAUUCUUCGCCCAUUUUGGUGAUGUCAUCAUUAGAAGAUGGCUUCAUUCAAAGAGUUGUCCUAGAUGCAUCCUUAGCCUUCACAUCCCUUCAGAUCUCAGUGGAAGAAGGUUUUCAAGUUUUGUGUGAAGUAGAGAUCAAUGGAGAAUGUGACCAACCUAAAGUUGGGUUUGAAUGCGAGUAUUUCUGCAGUUUAACUUGCCAUCACGAGAGUUGUAAUUAUAUAGGCAUGUGCUACGAAUGUGUUGGUGACAGAUUCGGAAAGUAUUGCGAAGAUCGAAACGACUUCAAUAUUACCAGACCAAUCUCUACUACAGAGAAUCAAACUUUUCGAUCAGCUGAGAGCAUAUCAAAGGGCUAUUCUGUUCCGACAUUCUACUUCGUUCCAAUAGUUGCGAUUAUCACUGCAAUAGUUAUAUUGGCCUUUUAUUUGAUGUCAACCAGAAAAUCUCUGUCUCUAUUCCUACACUUUGAAAACUAG